ACCAACGCAAAGUGACUGCAAAAUAGAUAGAAAAUAUAAAUGAAAUACAUUAAAUCAUAGAAAUACAAUUGCCGGCACCAAUACUAAAUCUUCAAAGGGAAAUAAAGACAAAAAUGCUACAUCUUCCAGAACACCUGAGAACACAAUUUUGAGCAAAAGAUAAACCCGACAGAAAGUGGAGCGAAAGUAAUAAAAUAGCUGCAACAUGGAAACCACACUCAAUAACAACAACAAUAACAAUGGAUACAUGAACCAGGCGUUUGUGGGUUCAUUGAAUUCCUCAACGAUAUCAAUACCUGGUGCAUACAAGCCCAAUGAAUCAUCCAAUGGAAAGAAGGCGAGUCCACAGUCUUCUGCAGGAUCAGGAGCUGCGCCAGGACCUGGAGAUAAUCAGGAUGGAGUUGAGGCAGGUCAGCAGGAGAAACAACGAGCCAGUUGGAACAAUGACAUCGAGUUCCUCAUGUCCUGCAUUGCACUGAGCGUGGGUCUCGGCAACGUCUGGAGAUUUCCCUUUACCGCAUUGGAAAACGGAGGCGGCGCCUUCGUGAUACCCUAUCUGAUUGUCCUUGUUCUGGUUGGAAAGCCCGUGUACUACAUGGAAAUGCUGCUAGGCCAGUUCUCCAGUCGCGGCAGUGUGAAGGUCUACGACUUUUCACCCAUCAUGAGAGGCAUUGGAUAUGGCCAGGUUUUGGCCACGGGCAUCGUUACCACCUACUAUGCCACAUUAAUGGCCCUAACACUGCGCUAUUUCGUGGACUCCUUUUACCCGACUUUGCCGUGGAGCUAUUGCCGUGCGGAAUGGGGUGCAGAUUGUCUGGACUCAGGUCUGCAGGAAGACAGGGGUAUCACUAUACUAGCCAACUCAACAGUGCGCACCACUUCGGCGGAGUUCUACUUCACGAACAUCAUUCUGCGCGAGAAAACCAGCAUCGAUGAUGGCAUCGGGUAUCCCAGCUGGAGUUUGGCUCUGGCACUGGCCGUGGCCUGGAUCAUCAUCGCCGGGAUUAUGUUCAAGGGUGUGAAGAGUUCCGGCAAGGCCUCAUACUUCCUGGCCCUCUUCCCGUACGUGGUGAUGUUUGUGCUACUGGUGAGGGCACUCAGUUUACCUGGAGCCUUCGAUGGCGUACUGUACUUCUUGCGGCCGCAGUGGCACAAACUUCUGGAGCCGCAGGUGUGGUACGCCGCCGUCACCCAGGUGUUCUUUUCGCUAGCCAUUUGCUUCGGGAACAUCAUCAUGUACGCCUCCUACAACCGCUUCGGCCACAACAUUUACAGGGAUGCCAAUAUCGUAACCACAUUGGACACCUUCACUUCCCUCCUGUCCGGUGUGAUUAUCUUUGGGAUUCUGGGCAACCUCGCCUACGAGAACAACACCAGCGACAUCUCCAGUGUGGUUAAUGGUGGUCCAGGCCUGGCUUUUAUAUCCUAUCCGGAUGCCAUUGCCAAGUUCAAGGUGCUGCCACAGCUCUUCUCCGUGCUGUUCUUCCUCAUGCUCUUCGUCCUGGGCAUUGGCAGCAAUGUGGGCAUGGCCUCCUGCUUGUCCACCGUGAUUAAGGAUCAGUUUGGACAUCUCAAGAACUGGACAAUAGUGGUGGCUAUAGCUAUUAUAGGGUAUUGUCUGGGACUCCUUUACAUCACACCCGGUGGUCAGUUCGUGCUCAAUCUUCUGGACUUCUUUGGAGCCACUUUUGUGGCCCUGGUUCUGGCCAUCUUCGAGCUAGUGGCCGUUGCCUGGAUCUACGGGGUGAAACGACUCUGCCGGGAUGUAGAGUUUAUGAUUGGCAUCAAGACCUCGCUGUAUUACCGCAUCUGCUGGGCGGUCAUCACCCCCCUACUGAUGCUCACCAUCCUCAUCUACACUCUGGUGCUUUACGAGCCCUUAAAGUACAAGAACUACACCUACCAAACGGGUGUUUACGUUUUUGGCUGGUUACUCAGUGCCUUCGGCGUGGGUCAGGUGUUCUUUUGGGCUAUUCCCGCCAUACGGAAACAGCCCUCGCAUUUGGGCUUGUGGGACCGCAUCAGCAAAGCCUUUGAGCCACUGCCCAACUGGGGACCCACCGACCCGCAGACCUUCAAGCGUUAUCAACUAUAUGUACAGGAGGGCAAUGCCAAUGCCUUAUUCCGACGCAGCAGUAUCUGGCACAAAAUCUAUGACAAUAUCUUUGGUUAGCAUUGAAUUAGCAAUAAAACUAUAUACCAUUUAA